AUAGUUUAGAUUCCUAUAAAGUAGAAAUUAUCAAGUGAGUAAAGUAGUAUUAUCAGUGAAUUGAUUUUAAACGUAAUUGUCAAAAUGACAUCAUUGACAGUUAUUCCACUAAUAUCUAAACUGUCAAAUAAUGUCAUUCGGAUCCUUGGAUGCAAUCCUGGGCCAAUGACACUUCAGGGAACAAAUACAUAUCUCGUUGGUAGUGGAUCGAGACGAAUUUUAAUUGACACAGGUGAUGUGGACACGGCGCCGAAAUAUGUGGAAUUAUUGAGCAAAGUUUUGGAUGACGAAGGUGCUACGAUAGAGCACAUGUUAAUUACUCAUUGGCAUCACGAUCAUAUUGGAGGAGUGUCAGUAAUUCAAAAUUUUUUAAAUUUAAAAAAACAAAAUUCAGCUACUGUUUGGAAGUUGCCAAGAUCAUUGAGAGACAUUGACAUUACAGAUGAAGAGAAAUCAAUUGAAUGGAAUUCAUUGGAUUGCAAUCAAUUAAUAGAAGUUGAAGGCGCAAAAUUACAAAUAAAACCUACUCCAGGUCAUACGACUGAUCAUUAUUGUUUGUAUAUGCAGGAAGAAAAUAUUCUCUUUAGCGGAGAUUGUAUUCUAGGUGAAGGUACGGCAGUUUUUGAAGACUUACACGAUUAUAUGAUAUCUUUGAAGAAUAUUUUAAAAAUAGCGCCGACUCUCAUUUAUCCAGGACACGGUCCUGUGAUAACUGAUCCUGUAUCACGAAUUCAAUAUUAUAUUCAGCAUCGUCAACAGCGAGAAGAGGAGAUUCUCAAAUGCUUACAAAAGAAAACUGAACCCAUAUCUGAAAUGGAAAUAGUACAAAUUGUUUAUAAGACAACACCAGAGGAUUUAUGGCCAGCAGCAUCAAUAAAUGUCAACCAUCAUCUCGAGAAAUUAAAUAAAGAAGGCAAAGUGAAAGGGCAAAAAGGUAGUUGGUUGAUAAACUAACGUCAGUGAUAUGUAAUCUAAAUUAUAUACGGAACAUUUGUAAAUAGAACUUUAUAUAUAUAUAUAUGUAUAAUUGUAAAAUUGUAUACAAAUAAAAUGUAUAAAUCUCACAGAAA